UGGCAAAGCUGGUGGUGGAUUUGGAGGUUCUGGAGGUGGAGGUGGCAACAGUGCUGGGGGGGCUGGUGGGAGUAACUGGUCGUUGCUUUCAUGGUAUAUGUCUCUUCUUGCCCGGUACCCUGUUACGACAAAAGCUGUUACAUCAGCGUUUUUGACUUUGGUUGGUGAUCUAAUUUGUCAGCUCUUGAUCGAUCAAGUACCAUCUCUAGACAUGAAGAGGACAUUUAUUUUCACCCUGUUGGGGCUGGUCUUGGUUGGUCCAACAUUGCAUUUCUGGUAUUUGUCUCUGAGUAAAAUGGUCACAGCCCCUGGAGCUUCUGGUGCUUUCUUGCGGCUUCUCCUUGAUCAAUUUCUUUUUGCUCCCACUUUUAUUGGGAUUUUCCUGUCUACGUUGGUGACACUUGAGGGAAAGCCAUCACACGUGAUCCCAAAGCUGCAACAGGAGUGGUUCUCAUCUGUUCUUGCAAAUUGGCAACUGUGGAUACCUUUCCAAUUCCUCAACUUCCGUUUUGUGCCACAACAAUUUCAGGUCCUUGCAGCAAACUUUAUUGCAUUAAUAUGGAAUGUAAUUCUUUCAUAUAAAGCUCACAAGGAAAUUCUUGCCAAAUAGGCUUUGCCCCUUUGCCUGUACACUGAAUAAUGAAGCGACCGAUCAAGGGUGCCUCAAUAGCCUACCGAUCUGCAAAACACAUAAAGGCAACAGUCGUCAGUCGUGGUCUGUGAUGGAUUUGCAGGUGCAGGUGCUGCUAUUAAUCAUGUACAUUGUAUCAUCAACGUCACCUCAUUUAUCACGCUUAAUAUACAUGUCGUGCUCAUGCACUACUAUUGUCUCCCAUGCUCUUUAUUGUUUCUUCUGUUCGAUAUCUGGUGCAACCAGUGUUCGUUUUUACUAAUUUCAGUGAAUUUGUAUGGUUUCUUU